AUGCAAGUCGAAUCGUUUCAAUCAAAAUGCGAGGAUCUUCAUCUCGUCGGACUUGUCUCGUGCGUCGAGUGCGGUCGACGCUAUUUGCAAAAGAAUAUCUAUCGCCAUUUAUGGCAUCAACACGGCUGGACGCGCGAAGAAUGCCAGGAUAUGAUUCAGCAAAUCAAAAAGGAGAAGCAUAGCUUGUACGGAAGCAGCACUUAUCCGUGCAUCGGCUGCGAGAUCGUCUUCAAAACCCCGCAAGCCAUGAUGAAGCAUAGAGCGCGCUGCCCUGAAGUUAUCAAAUUAUACGAAACGCAGAACAAGAUACCGGAUGAUCCAGGAACGUCGGAAAAAGUUGAAGAAGCCGACGAAAAGGUCAAUAUUGAAGAAGUGUUCACAUUUGUGCCCAACAAUUAUGAAGAAAUCAAGACACCAUCGGAAAAUGGCGAAUCGACGUCACCGAAAGUCGAUUUGAGUGCGAUAAAAGAGUUGAUUUAUCGAAAAGGACAGUCGUCGGUUCGUUCGCCGCCAGCGCUUGCUCAACGAAAACUGCCGGCUUGUAUGAAUACGUCAAAAUUUCGAUCGUCGGCGGCCGCGUGUCCGCUUCCGACGUGCGGUCUCAAAGUUGAGUCUUGCGACGAUCUCGUCAUACACUGUCAGCAGAAUCAUCGAGAAAUCGCGCCGUUUGCGUUGGAGCAACGUAUAUUCGCCACCUAUGAUGAAUUUAAGGUUUGGUUCGAUCAACGCCAAGAGGAUUCGUGUACAUCGUUGACGAAGCGAACCGGCCACGGCGGCGAGACGUUCUAUCGUUGUCACAUGGUCGGCAAAUACUCGAGUGUGGCGAAGAAGCGGCGAUCGAACACGAGAAAACUCGAUCAAUCGUGCACGGCGUUCCUCAAAGUGUACGUGAAUCCCGACGGGACGACGCAGGCGUCGGGCUGCUUCAGCCACAUCGGGCACGAGUUGAAUCAUCGCCUUUUAUGGCUCACCGACACCCAAGAGAAAUAUGUGAAGGAGCUUCUCGAUUUGGGAUGGUCCGCUGAUCAGAUCUACUUUUAUAUUCGAAGCGAAUAUGAGAACUAUGAGAGCAAAUUGAAAUAUAUCUCGAAAAAUGACAUUAGAAAUAUAUCAGUGCGACACGAGCGGGAAAAAAAGAAAUUGAGAGAAUCGAUGAUGGAAACUCAACAAUUAUUGUCUGCUUUUGAGGAAGCUUGUCAUCAACGAAAAGAAGAUGAGGAUAAUUGCGAGUUUUCGCAAUCGACGCCGAAAAAAGCGAAAACUGAAGUUGGCGAUGAAGACGAAUGGAAUUGUGGUGUUGAAGAGGCGAAAAAUGAGGAAAAAAAUGAAGAACGUGAAGAAAAAUCGACUGAAAAAGACGAGGAAAAAUGUGAAGAAGAGCGAGAAGAGGAUGAGAUUAUUGAGAAUAUUGAAGUUGGACACGAGGAAGAAGUGAUUGGUGCGAAUUUGAGUUGA